AUGUAUAUAAUCCCAGAGCUCAACAAUCAGGCUAAUCCCCGAAACCUCAAGAUUGAAACCUACAAUGGGCGCAUCAAAACCUUAAAAGACGCUUUGCUCAUCCUUGAAGGAUCUCGGCUUGGCUACCUUCCUAAAAUCAAACGUCGUCUUAAUGGCCUUGAACGGGAAUUUAUCAAGCCCAACACCGUCUUCGCUUGGAACGAAACUGAAUGUGGUAUGAAGCGGUGGACCGACGGUAAGAACUGGUCUGCUUCCAAAGUCCUUGGUCCAUUUUUGGUUUAUAAAGAAUUGGAUUCCGACAAGGCAACAAUCAAAAAAAAUGGUCUUAUUAAGCAGAGCUUUUCCUUAACCACCAAGCAACACGAAAAACUCCAUUUAAUCGGUUACUACCAAGACAUCGAAGAUGCUGAUAUUCCGUGUCCAUCGACAGACCCUCGUUUAAAGGAUUUGAAGUUGAACGGGAACAUCUACCAGGAAUAUUUAUUGUACUACGACCAGUACCUGAACUAUGAGCAGGCUGAGCAACCGGUGUUGAUGUACUCAGGCUAUCCAUACGCGGUGUCGUACUACCAGCCCGGCUUGGCCCCGGCUGGCGUGGCUCCCGUAUCGGCCCCGUCUUCAAUUCUGGCUCCAUCAGCCAUGUCAGCACCUUCAUCGAUUUCGGGUCCUACGCCCACACAGCUCCCAGUGAACCACUCACCCAGCGUGUCCAACAUACCGUACCAGUCUCUUAUGGGUUUGCGGACCAUGCGUUCACUGGUACAAGGUCUGCCGGUAACGGUGGCCGAACCGCACCCGCACCCACUGUUUCAAGCCCAUCAGCCUCAACAAUACCACUAUCCUACCCAACAGGGCCAGUAUCUCCCCCCACAGCUGCCAUACUAUCAAUACUCGGUCUAUCCCGGGUAUUUUUAUUCCACCGGGAACACGGUGGAUGCCUCGGUGCCAGAGGCCUAUCAACAUUCACAUCUCGACAGAUUCCCAGCGAUUCCUCGCUCUAAGGCUCCAGAAGUCGUGGGGGGGAUAUAUGCUUCUACGGUAGCUGGAGGGAAGAAAUCUCCCACCACUCGUAUUGGUGAUAAUGAAACAUUAAAGAUCCUUGAUAAGGGUUUUCUGAGUAAAUAG